AUGGUCACACGCACAGAAACAAUAAUUGAAGUACUUUUACCACAAAUCAUAAAAGUAAGAAAAUCUGGCUAUAAUCAAACAAUAUCUUACGAAUCUUUCUCUGAACAAGCUCCGAGUGAUUCUGCUCAAAUGCCACCAAACAAUCCAUCAAACUUCAGUUUAUGUCUUAUCUGCGGUGACAGAGCACGCUUUAACAAUUACGGCGCAUUAUCAUGUCAAUCGUGCAAAACCUUCUUUCGACGUAAUGGUUUUCGACCAGAGACCGUGCGCCCAUGUACACUGGUCAAUAAAUGUGAAAUAAACAUGAAAACACGGCAUAGUUGUACGUAUUGUCGCCUCUCUAAAUGCUUUGCUGUGGGUAUGACAUCGGAUCUGAUCCGAAAAGAAGAUUUGAAAAGUUCCAAACGUUUAUCGUCAACUAAGAAUACUCAAAUCACAACAAUAUCACGAAUAGUUAUAACUAGUUUCCAGUCUCAAGAUCGAACGAUUCUUUCUGAUUCUCAAUGGACGUUAUUGUCGAAUAUAGUACAUGCAUACGACGCAUGCAAUACAAUUUCACAUAUUAAACAAAUACUCAAUAAUUCAUCCGAAUCAAUUGAUGAGACUAAGAAAGAUAUCAUCGAUCCUAUGGAUAUGCUCAAUCAGAUAUGCGAGUCAGUGAUCUUGUUUAUUAGUUCACUGCCUGACUUUCGAAUUCUGACGCAAAAUGAACAAAUCUCACUAUUGAACCGAAAUUUACACGGUGUGAUGGGCUUUUAUUCCACGUUUGUUUUCCGGCAAAUCGGUAUUUUUAAUCAUGCGAAUUAUUUAAAUGCAUUUGAAGCUAUCUACGGAAUGAAUAUCAUCUCAGCGAUCAAAAAUGUUAUGGAACAAUUAGAUUCCAAUGAAACAAUCAUCAAAAUAGCUCUGAUUAUUCUCACUUUCUCGUCAGAAAGUUAUGUUGAUACUGAUCGAAAUGUGGAUAUGGAUACUUUAUCGUAUGGAACUUUUCGUCUCCUAGGUAGUCAAAAUGUCUAUGUGGAAUUGUUAUGGAAAUAUUUGACAUAUCAAUAUGGCUAUGGCAGAGCUGCAGUUCGUUUUGCUCAAUUUAUUCAAAUCGUCUUGUGUAUCGUGAGAAAUUUGGCAAUGCUUCAUGUAAAUAAUGAAAUUCAUCGUAGAAUUAGCGACGCGAUUGUGGAACAUAUCAAGCAAAUGCUCGUUUUUAUUGAAAGUGAACCAAGACCAUUGUGGGGAAAAGGCUUACCAACUUGA